AUGUCGCUCGUGGCCUACGCCAGCAGCGAGGAGGAGAGCGGCGCGGAGGAGGAGGAGGAGGCCCCCGCGGGCCCCCCGAGCCCCGGGCCGGCCCCGGAGGGCGGCGAGGAGCGAGCGGCGGCGCCCGACGCCCCGCGGGGCCCCUUGGGCCUCCCGCGGCCCAGGAAGAGGACGGCGGAGCCGGUGCGGAUCCCGGUGCCCGCGCUGCGCGGGGCAGAUUCAGAUUCCGAGGAAGAUGAACCAGCAAAGAAGAGAAGCACUUUUCAGGGACGCGGCGAGGGCUCUGGCUUGUCUGCGUUGCUUCCUCAACCCAAAAACUUGACCGUGAAAGAGAGCAAUCGGCUGCUUUUGCCCUACGCCUUCUCGAGGAAAGCAGCGGAARCGGCGUCCGAGGCGAAGCCGGCGAAAGCCCCGAGCUCCUCCUCGAAGCCCAGAGCCCCGGCCAAGCCGGCGGUGGCCACGACGCCUUCUCCGUCGGCCAUCAAAGCGGCCGCCAAGAGCGCUGCCCUCCAGGUCACCAAGCAGAUGACGCAGGAGGAGAACGACAGCGACGAAGAGGUAGAGCCGGAGAACUACUUCUCCUUGUCCGACAGGAGCGAGCCCGGCACUGUCGGCGCUGAGACCUAUGUGUAUUCGGGCACAGUGGUGGCGGAGGAGCCUCCGCCGGGGACCGAGCCGGAGCCCCAGGGCCAGGACGCGGCCGCUAAUGCCCCCUUGGAGUUCAGGACGGCCGCGGGGUCCGGCGGCCCCCAGCCCAGCUGGGUCCCCAGCCCCGGGGAGGACUACGGCGCUCAGCCCUAUAACCAGUUCUACGCCGAUGCCGGCGUGACCGGCGCUUAUUACCAGGAUUAUUACGGUGGCGGCUACUACCAGGAGGCGGACGCGGCCCAGGCACCGCCGCAGGACAUGAGCACCGACUCCUCCUUCCUGGAUGAUGAAGCGUUCAAACGCCUGCAAGGCAAGCGGAACCGCGGGAGAGAAGAGAUCAACUUUGUGGACAUCAAAGGUGACGAUCAACUGAGCGGAGCCCARCAGUGGUUGACCAAGUCCUUAACGGAGGAGAAAACCAUGAAGUCCUUCAGCAAGAGGAAAGGAGAUCAACCCACAGGACAGCAAAGAAGGAAACACCAGAUCACCUACYUGAUCCAUCAGGCGAAGGAGAGAGAGCUGGAACUGAAAAACACGUGGUCGGAAAACAAGCUCAGCCGCCGCCAGACUCAAGCCAAAUACGGAUUUUAACACCUCUCCCCCACCUUUUGGCCGCUGGCCCAGGUGACCUGGGGUGUGAGGCUUCUCCUGGGCUUCGGGAGGUCAAGGAGGCCCCCGUGUAGAGGCUCUGGGGCUGAGAGGAUCCUGCACCCCCUGGCCUGCCGCGAGAAGGGUUUCGUGCAAGCAAGUUUUGGAAACUACCUGUAAUUCCCUGCUCCCCUUCCUGACCCCCGCCAACAAUAAUGCAAAUGGUUCAAAUCAAGCCUGGCUUGAGCAACCUGGGACUGUCGCAAGGCACAGGGCAAGGCUGGAGCUUUUGGCCCACCACAAGGCCUAGAUCUGUUUUCUUGCAGGGAUCCUGCCUCCUCAUUCCUGAAAUUAGCUGUAGCCGCUGGAAUCUUGGGCAGAGUCACCACAAACUUCCCAGUUCCGUUUGCUCCUUUCUUGGCCUCGCUGUGUGUUGAGAGUGUCCUUUUUUUCCGCUGUUUUUUUUUUUUCUAAAAGACAGUUUCAAGAGCAAGCCUGUUUUUUGUCUUUUUUUUUAUUGAGACAUCCCUACGACUUUAAUUGAGUCUGAGUAACCGCAGUGCUCCCCAUGACAACUCUUUGCGGGGAGAAGAAGGGAGAAAGUGGCUAAUUUGGUGKCUUUGCUGUCAGCUGCGUCGGCCUCUGUUUCAAAUCAAGUUUAGGGGAAACUGCUCUUCCAUUUGUCUGAUUUAGAGCUUGGGAUACAAGGAAAACACCCCGGCGUGUGGAUGGCGCCACGCGAGGCCCUCUCUGCCAGCACGAGAAGCUGCCGAGAGCCCUUGGAUAGAUAGGAACGUUCCCUGUAUGUAUUUUCCUGCUCUUCCCUUCGCCCCAAGGCCUGCAGGGCUGGAAUAACCUGGUCUCCAGCCGAGUUGAUCCAAGGAUUUCCAGGGUCACACGGUGCAUUGCGGAUGGCAGUGAGUUCAGCGAGCGAAACAGCAGUCUUUCCUGUAACCCAGCCCAGAUGAAAGCUGCCUACUGUACAUUUUUAUAUAUUUUUUUCAUCUCUUGAGCUUGUUUGGAUCAAUCCCGCUUCCUAUAAAGGCUUCACAUCUGAUUAAGUGUUAACUUUAUCCUCCUGUGUGGGAAGAGGAGGCCACAUAGGGCCUUAGGUUUGCAACCACCAGGUUUUAUUUAAGGUAUUGGGCCUGUGUGAUGUGGCUGUAAAUCAUGUGCGAGCUUGUGACCCAGAUCCACGUGUCUGUAGCCCAAACUCCGGCCUCGCUUAGUUCAUCGUCCCCCAAAAUGUGAGAUGCUGGAAGGAACAGAGAGCAGGUCUGGUUAUUUAACUUACAUUCCCAGCACUAAGGGUUAUAUUUGUUGUAACUGCAGUUAAAACUAAUAUAUUUGUUAUUCCUUUUAGGGAAAUCCAAAAAAAAUCCAAAAAUUUGUCUUUUUUUUUUUUUCUGCCAUGUUACCUGUUUAAAAAACAAGCUCCUGCUGAAUGAAGUCUUUUCUUAGAGUAUUUUGAAAUUGGAUUUCUAGUUUAGCUCCCUGAAUGUUUUAGUACUUUGC